ACCAGCUGUCAAUUUGACACUGACCUGACAGUAUUUUUCUAAACAACCGACGCUGUUUGCGUACGGUAUUCGUUGUUUUUAUCUUGUGCUGUUUUUAUGAAGCGUGUUUGGUGUAGUCUACGAAACCAGAUAAGAACUAUGGCUAACAUUCCUCCUAGGAAAAUUUCGCCAUCCAGCAAGCCUUCUAAACAGGAUGCCUCGCCGCUGCAAAUACUUCUACAGAUGGGUUUUCCGAGACACCGGGCAUUGAAGGCUUUGGCUGCUACGGGGAAUCGCAGCGUGCAGUUGGCGUCGGAUUGGUUGCUGACGCACGUAAACGACACGUACAUCGACGCGGAUGAGCCGCGCGAGUACAUUCUGUACGCGAACCCGACGGGCGCGCUGCUUACGCAACUGCACGACUUCUGGGCCAAGUCUAAGAAGUUGGGAGGGUGGAAUGGAGCUCAUAAUUUCCCCCCUCAUAUUACACUAGUCUCAUUUUUUAAGGCACCUGAUGAGAUGUCCCUGCAACUGGCUAAAGCAGUGAAAAGUGUUAUAGAGACAGUGGGGGAUCCCCCGGCCUGCCCCCUGAAGCUGGACCCCUACAUCUCACAGAACUUCAUGGGGCUCUUCGUGUCCGAGGAACAUGCUGAGUACUUGAAAAAGAUAGCAGUCCAGUACGUUAAGCAAGUUUCAACCUUAUUGGGUGUAUCCAUGGAUACAUAUGAACAUUUGGAUGCAUUGGGGACAUGUUUCCCCUGGUGCACAAUGCCCCAAGAAAAACCAAUUAAAUCCAUUAACUUAGAGGCGCACGUGAAGUCCCUCCACAUCACGCUGGCGUACCACUUCGAAGUGGCGGCGUUCGACGGCCUUAAGGCGCUGGUGGAUGAGCUGCAGCCCUUGGAGACAUCCAGCUGGGAGCUGCGGCUCUACUCCAGGGAUCCCAAGUUCGCUAACCACCAGGUGCACACAGUGACGCAGGGCUACUCGCCGCUAGCGAGCGAUGAGCUGGAACUGGUGCUCGGGGAUUACAUCUACAUCGAGGAGAAGGCGUUCGACAGCUCGCCGGACGGCUGGGUGCCCGGCACCUCGUGGCUGACGGGCGUGAGCGGCUACUUGCCGGCUGUGUUCACGCGACGCACGGCGGAGUCAGACGCGUGGACGCUACACCGCGCUAUAUCGCUUGGGAAUAACAGCGGCUCAGAUUGCAAGUCCGAAUCAGACUCGAACACGGACGGGGAGAUGGCCGGAUACCCGCACGAGGACGCCGCGCAACUAGGACACGAGAAAUCGGAGGAGGUUUACAAGGAGUGGCGGAAGUACUGGGACGUGGUCAUGGCUGAAAAGAAGAGUGACAGUAUUAUAAACAUUACGCAGGGCACUAGUAUCGACUGGAAAUCAAAUACACAAGGAACUGGUGAUGGAGAAGCAAAAGCAAAGCCAGACCGGCGCUGGUUCUUCGCGAUGCGUCACGGCGAGCGCGUGGACCUCACGUACGGGUCGUGGGUGCCGUUCUGCUUCGACGAGGCCGGCAACUACGUGCGGAAGGACCUCAACAUGCCGCUCACACUCGGCGAACGAGUGGGCGGCUGCGACUCGUACUCCAAAGACACCCCUCUGACCCGAGUAGGGCGGCUGCAGGCGACUCUGGUGGGCGAGGGGCUCCGCCUGGCACAGGUGCCCGUCUCGCACGUGUACGCCUCGGCCGCGCUGCGCUGCGUGGAGACGGCGCACUGCAUGCUGGAGGGUUACCAAGACCCGUCGCUCAAGGUGAAGGUGGAGCCGGGUCUGUUCGAGUACAAGAACUGGCACUUGCCCAAAGGAAUGGCUCCUUUCAUGACGCCGCAGGAGCUCCACAAAGCCGGAAUCAACGUCGACUUGAAUUACAAGCCGUACAUAGAAUUGGACAUUACCACAUCAGAGACUUUAGAAGAAUUUUAUAAAAGGAACGAGCUAGUUAUGCAUUCAGUGGUCAAGGAAACUGAGGAAGAAGGCGGCAACAUAAUGUUCAUCGGUCACGCGGCCACGCUCGACAUGAUGGUGGUGGCGCUGAAGCGGCUGAGCCCCGGCGCCUCCGCGCAGCCCUACACGCUGAGCCCGCAGCUGCUGCGCGUGCCCUACUGCGCGCUGGCCGCCGUGCGCGACCAGCCCUGGCAGGUGGUCUCGCCGCCCUGCCCGCCCGCGAUCAACUCCAGCUCGGGCAGGUUCGAUUGGAAGACAUUGCUAGAUUUGUAAAUUGUAAUUAAUGUACAGGGAGAGCGAAUAAUCCCCGUUCUGUCCAAUCUGUGACCAACAGGUGUCCAUCGCCAUACAGUGGGGCAAGGUUUGAAUGUUGACUGAACGUUAAAAAGCCGUACCCGCAAAAAAUUGGACGUCAGUGCGAUAGAGCGCUUAGGGUUGCGCUGACUACACCGCGUAAAAUUAUUUAAGGUGUAUACUUAGAUAAUGUUGUGGUAUAAUGGCGUUGAUUUUAUAAGUUAAAAUGCCAAUUUAUUUGAUUGCAAUUAUUUAUAAAUAUGUAUGGUCAAAGCAAGUUUGUUCUGAUUAAGUACAGUCACCUGCCAAAAUAUGUUACUCUUCGAAGGCCGCAAAAAUAUGUGACACGCUUUUAUGGCUCUACAAAUAAGAUCGUCUCAGAUAUUUUUGCGGCCUUCGUUGCGUAACAUAUUAUUGCAGGUGUAUACACUAAAAGUCUUUGGAAGUCUCAAAUAAUUUCAAUCAUACAUCAAUUUGAUUUGUUACGAAUAAUGUUUUAAUACGAAAUCUGGCCGUCGUAACUUCAACAUUAAAUUGUUAAAAGUGAUUUAAAUCAUAGAAUUAUAUUAAUUCUUUUUGUCCUUGGUAUUUUUAUAAGUUAUUAAAUUAAGCCAUGUAAUAAGUCGAUGAAACUUGAAUAUAAAAUCUUCUAAUUAAAUAAAAAGCUAGAAUUCACGAAGACAUUAAUUAUAGUUCGUUUUAUUUAGCAUUAGAAAGAAGGUAAGCGAUCUUGAUAUGUCUUUUAAUUGAAAAACGCUUUUUAAUAAUAAGAAACUAUUACUUAUGAAAGCAGAAGAAUAUAAAUGAUCGCAUUAGAUUCAUAAUUGUUACAUAUUUACCGUGACUUAUUUUUAAAAAGUGUUUUUCAAUUACAAGACACGUCAAGAUUGUUUACUUUUUUUCUAAUGCUAAAAAAACGAAUUAUAGUAGAGUUAAUUUUAUAGUAUAUCAUAUUUUGUAAACCAUGUUCAUCUUACUGUGAUAAUUACUUGGAAAUGUUUUCCACAUUCCUAGUUCCUCAGUGAACGAUAGGAUUCUAUUGUUACUUAAUUAUUUAUAGAUAUCUAACUUAUGGCAUAUAGGGUAAUUCGCUAGUAA